GAUUGGCUACACUCGUGAAUUCAUUCCGAAUCACGUGCUCACGGGCCGGACGUUUUCGCGUCUCACACUUCAAGUUAACUUCAAUCCCGCUUCACCAACGUGGCAACCCACACACACACACCAUGAGCAAGCUCCACACCGUCGAGGACCCCACCGACUGGCUCAACACCUCCCUCUCCUCCUUCGAGCCGCUCGAAGCCGCGCUACGCUGCCAAGUAUGCAAGGAGUUCUAUGACACGCCCAUGAUCACGACGUGCUCGCACACCUUCUGCUCCCUCUGCAUCCGACGCUGUUUCAACUCUGACGGCAAAUGCCCGACCUGCCGCGCUAGCGACCAGGCGGAUAAACUGAGGAGGAAUUGGGUGGUGCAAGAGCUGGUCGACACAUUCAAGGCUGCGAGGCCUGCAGCGCUGAAGCUCGCGCAGGCGAAAGCGGGAACGGAGGAUGAGGAGACUGAGAGGGCAAAACGCAAGCGGAAGCUAGACCAAACAGAUAUUGAGGAAGACGAUAUUGGAGAGACGCGUCGCCCGCGCCGGACGCGAAGGAGUAGGAGUGCAGUGGAUGGGAUAUCUCAAGAAGAGCCGAUUGAAGUGGAUGACAGUGGCGAUGAAGACUAUGACCCAGAAGAGGGGACGACGCUGUGCCCGAUCUGCAAGUCGCGGAUGAAAGUGGGGCUGGUCUACGCGCAUUUGGAUCAAUGCGAUGGGAAGCCUGUAAACAACAAUGGGGCGGGUCGUUCGAGGGUUCAGCCUUCGAAACCAAAGGAACCACCGCCUUCCGCUGCUCGAUUACCCCAAUUCAAUUACUCGCUGCUGAAAGACAACGCUCUAAAGAAGAAGUUGCAGGAUCUAGGAAUUGCGGCUCAUGGUUCUCGCGCUCUGCUUAUCCGACGCCAUACGGAAUGGGUCAACUUGUGGAAUUCGAAUUGCGACUCGACGCGGCCCAAAACAAAGAGGGAGCUUUUGAGAGAAUUAGAUACCUGGGAGCGUAGCCAAGGAGCUGGCGCCUCAACGGUGCCCUCUGCGGUAAUGAGGAAAGACUUUGAUGGACAAGGCUGGGCUGCCAGCAACAAAGACCAGUUUGAGGAGUUGAUAGCGAACGCGAGACGAAACAGGACUCGAAAAGAGGCCAAAGUAGAAAAGACGGGAGAGAAGCCCAGCGAGGCUCAGACAGACAGUACGCCGACUCAGCAGCCAGAACCAGCGCCGUCGAUCGAAGCACUAGUGCGGCAGGACGAAAUCUCAAAACCAUACGAAGGAAACGAAGAGGCCCUAUCCAUAGUCCGAGAGAAGGUCGAAGAGACCAAUACUCACGGCCGGAGGCUAAGAUCUUCCGGCCAACCCAUACCUGAGCGACCUAGGGACGACGAGGUACCUAUGAGGACUGAUGAAGGGACAUCACUGGAUGGAGGAGUGGAGGCCAACCCUCCUAUAUCUUCUCAACACCAGUCCCCGCAAUUCGUUCCAAUAUCGCCCAACGUUGAUAUGAGUCGAAAAGCUCAUAUGUUCAGGUUACCUGAGGAUCCCAUUGUAGAUACAGAUGGAGGCAGAUCCGUAUCAUAAAAUAUCCAGAAUCGCUCUAUCCCAAAUCCAUCAAACCAGACCUUCUAUAAUCACCAUGCUAUGUGUGCCAAUCACAGCUCCCAAAAAUACCGUAAGAGAAAUCCCCGGAGUUCCGUGAGCUGACGAAGAGAAGAGGG